AUAAUGAAGGUGAGAGUCAGACGGGUUCAACACAACCUAAACACAGUUGACAGGUCCAAAGUGAAGUACUGCCUCUGCUAGACUCAGUCUCGUGUAUAUACGAGUCCUCCUAUGUUAAAACAAAUAAUUUGGUCUAUCUCUGGUCUGACUUUUGGAGCUUCUUCCCUGAAAUUGGUGAAACAAUCUAGAUACAGAAUCCGAGGUAAAGUCAACGAUGGAAAGAGCAGAGAAAGAAGAGGUACUGGUGGAAAUAUCAGAAGAUAUUAUUAACAAUAUCGAAAGACUACCAGAAGGAUGCAUAUCUGACAUCCUAGCUCUGACAACGCCUGCAGAUGCAUGUAGGUCUUGUCUGGUUUCAACUCUUUUUAAAUCUGCAGCUGAUUCAGAUGUUGUUUGGGAGAAAUUUAUGCCCCCCGAUUAUCAAGACAUCAUUUCUAGAGCAUUUUAUCCUUUUCUGUCAGCUGCCUCAUCUAAGAAAGAGUUAUAUUAUCGACUAUCCGAUUACCCACUUCUCAUUGAUGGUGGUCUUAAGAGCUUUCAGCUGGAAAAAUCUAGUGGGAAGAAAUUUAUCAUGCUUGGAGCAAAGGAGCUUGCAAUUGCUCACGGAGACAAUCCUCAGCACUGGUAUUGGCGAGGUUACCCUGGCUCCAGGCUUGCUAAGGUGGCCGAACUGAAGUGGAUACGCUGGAUUGAAAUCCGCGGGAAGCUCGAUACUAGAUUGCUGUCACCUAAGACCUUCUAUGCAGCUUACCUUGUGCUGAAGUUUAAAGAUGUAGUUUACGGAUUUGAUCAACCUGUAAAAGCCAAAGUCGAACUCGUUGGAAGAGCUGCUGGUAACAAUGAGGUGUGCAGCGAAGAGAGACACGUCUACUUAGUGGACAAUGGUGGCGAACAUUCUCCACUGGACCCAACGUUGGCGGGUCAAUAUGUUGCACGGGAGAGAGGAGAUGGAUGGAUGGAGGUUGAGAUGGGUCAUUUCUAUAACGAAGAAUUAGAAGAAGACGAGGGCGGGGAUGUGCAUAUGUCUGUGCUUGAGACUGAGAGGUUAGGAUCCAAGUAUGGCAUUAUUGUCCAAGGUAUGGAACUUAGACCCAAGGUGGACACACAAAUACCGUAAAACCCCUAAAAUUUCUUUGUGAUUUUAUUUAAAUAUUACACAUACGCU